AUGAUCCGACAACUCUCUAUUCUUCUCGUCUCUGUUGUCUUCUGUUCACUGGCUGCUCCAAUGAACUAUCCAACUGAAGAGCAAUCAAAAGCGGAGCUAACAGCUGCUGGAAUGACUCAAGGAAGUAUUGAUGGAUUGGCCGCAUUAACACAAAGAUUCGCUACCGGAUUCCCAUUGGUUCAAUCCAACAAAGAAGCAACUGAUAAAUUCGUUGCGGAAUACACAACUGAUGCUCAGAACUUUAUUAAAUCCAUGCCAGAAAACGAUCAAACUAUCUACAAUAACUAUUUAAAGAAAUAUGGACUUGCUUAA